AUGUCGAACAUCAGUAAGGCCUGCUGCUCCAUCCCGCCCGUUGUCACCAAGGGUUACAGCCCCAAGGGAGAGUACAAGACCAUCGCUGGCUUGAAGACAUACGUGACUGGCCCCGAGUCUGCUUCCAAGGCCAUCUUGGUGAUCUACGAUAUCUUUGGCUUCUUCGAACAGACUCUCCAGGGAGCCGAUAUACUCGCCAACUCCGACGCAGAGAAGAAGUACAGGGUGUUCAUCCCUGACUUCUUUGAGGGUAGCCCUGCGGACAUCUCGUGGUACCCCCCGCAGACUGAAGAACACAAGCAGAAACUGGGAGAGUUCUUCUCCACCAAGGCUGCUCCUCCGAAGAUACUCUCUAAGAUCCCUGAAAUUGUAGCGGAGGCUAACAAGCUGGCCCCCAGCGGCGGCAAGUUCGAAUCCUGGGGUAUUCUGGGUUUCUGCUGGGGAGGAAAGAUCGCGAGUCUGACAGCAGGCAAGGAUGAGAAGCUGUUCAAGGCUGCAGCACAGGCCCACCCGGCCAUGGUAGACCCGAACGACGCGAAGCAGGUAAAGGUGCCGAUGGCGUUGCUGGCAUCGAAGGACGAGCCUGUCGACGAUGUCAAGGCCUACAAGGAGAACUUGACUGUUCCCAAACUUGUCGAUACUUUCCCCACUCAAAUCCACGGCUGGAUGGCUGCUCGUUCUAACCUUCAGGACCCGGAAGUCGUGAAGGAGUAUGAGAGGGGUUACAAGACCGUUCUGAGCUUCUUCCACGAGCACCUGUAG